AUGAAUUUACCACCAAAGGAAGCUUCUAAUGUUGUCAAUACAACCCUGAAAAAAACUCGUCCACGUGUUUUAUCACUUUAUCGUCAAAUAUUCCGUCUAGCUCGAGUAUGGAAUGCUCAGUCCGGUGUGAAAGAAGAUUCUAUCCGUGAAUCUGAAUAUAUGAAAGAAGAAGCGAGAACACUGUUUCGACAGAACACCCACCUUACAGAUGUAGAAGAGAUUGAAAAUCAUAUCAAAGAAGCUGAAUUGAGGAUUGAAUUAACUCUACACUAUGGGACACCAUAUCCUCGACUGAUCAAUGUCCCAUCGAAUACAUUGGCUGCACAUAUAGCCAAAUCAUCGUCAUCUUCCGACAAAGCACAAAUGUCACGACGGACUGAACGUGCUCUACGUAGCUCAAUCCCUUCGUAUUUAAAGUCAUAUACACAUAAACCUGUUAAGAAAAAAGAAUGAAAUUGUAGAAACAAUGCUGCAUUCAUUCAAUAUUCAAUGUACAAUGUGCAAAUAGAAUUGUUUAAAUGUGUAGAUAGAUUUUAAAUAAAAAAAUCGCGCCAAGUUGAAA